GCACGUCCUCCACAGACCGGUUGCAUUAGCACUUCCUUUCAACCAUGUCACUACAGUAACGACGCAGCUCCGCCUGCGCUGAAUUACGCGCCAUAUAGACAUCAGCCAGCCAAAGCAGUGUUUCUACUGUGGCAACUAUGCAGCGCUGUCCUUCGCAUUCCUUACUACGCUCUCUCGUCUGCCAUCCCUUCUUCGCGUCCACGCCAGUCGUGGACGUUCCGACGCGCUUUCCGAGUCAAACUGCUGCGCUACCUCUCCUCGUUGGGCUUGUAUGUCGGCUACAUUAUGAAGGUCCCUGAUCACCUCGCACUCAAACUUGGACCCGAAUACCACGGGCUGUGGGUCGAGCCUGUGGACAUUACUUCACUUCCGGGAAAUCUCAAACGCUGGGCCGCUGCCGCCGACAUCUCUGCUGUUCGCCUACCAGGUUAUUGGAUCCACCGCAAGGAUGCAAAAAUUGAGCUAGGGGCGCCGCUGAUGCCUGGCGAAAAGAUACUCUAUGCGCUGCACGGUGGGGGAUAUACGCGUCUUUCAGCGCAUCCCGGAGACAUAACCAGUGCCAUCCCCCGCGGAUUCCUCGACCACGUUGAGCCUGUGCUUCGCACUUUCUCUAUCGAGUACCGGCUGUCGACGACGACCCCUUACCCGAAGGCGCACUCUUUCCCUGCUGCACUCAUCGACGCGCUUACGGGAUACCACUAUCUCGUGAACACUCUGGGAUUCUCUGCGGACGACAUCAUCGUCGAAGGAGACUCUGCCGGGGGCAAUCUCGCGCUGGCGCUCGUGCGAUAUCUGUCUGAGAAUCCCAACCCAAAGCUGCCAGUUCCCGGCGCUUUGGUACUGCUUUCCCCGUGGUGUGACAUGGGGAACUCGCACUCUUCUCCUGGCUCCUCUAUCUUCACCUGUCGUCCGUCGGACUACAUUGCAAUCCCAGAAAACGGAAUAUAUUACGAAACCGUAGCAUUCGCGGGUCCUUUCGGUCUCGGUGCGCUGGAUUUCAACGCUUAUUUCUCGCCUGCGUCCAAGAAUAUCCCGGACGUCAGUUUCUCUGGAUUCCCGCGCACAUUCAUUUCUGCAGGAGGAUCUGAAAUCCUGGUCGAUUCGAUCAGGACUCUCCGCGACAAGAUGGUCAAGAGCAUGGGUGCUGCUCGGGUCGAGUAUCUCGAGAUGGAGGACGCAGUGCAUGAUUUCGUAGUCCUGGCAUCAAUCCACGAGCGAGAGCGCACAGAAACUCUGAACGCGAUAGCCAAGUGGAUCUCGUCUUAG